AUGGUGGGGCGCGGCGGAGGUGGGGGGGGAGGGGAGAUGGAGCGGGGGGACACCGGGGGAAGGGACGGGCGGAACAGAGUGUGGGACGGGCUCGGGCUCGGCAUGCGGUGCUGGGGGGGAGAGAGCGCACUUGCGCUGGCGGGGGAAGGGUGGGGGGAGGAAAGCGCGCGGAGGGGAAGGGGGAAAGAACAGGAGCGGAUGAUGGUGUUGGGGGAAGGUGACGGGCGGGAGGUGGGGGAGAGAGUAGGCGGAGAGGCGGAGAAAUGGGUCGAUGAAAUGCGGCAUAGCGGCGGAGAGUUGACCCUGGCAACUAGAAGCACACAGCUUGGGGUGGGAAAUGCGACUGGAGAUGCAGCAGCAGCGGCAGGGGCGGUUGCCGGGACAGAAGGGGCAGCAGGGGGAGGAGCAGGAGCAGCAGCAGCAGCAGCAGCAGCAGCAGCAGCAGCAGCAGCAGCAGCAGCAUCAGCAGCAGGAGCUGCAGCAGCUGUCAGGGACUCGUUCUCUGGUGCAGUCAGUGCGGUGAUGUCACAAGACGCUUCGGUGCAGAGGUGUUCAGUCGACGCUCGUGAGGUGCAGGGCAUGGGGUUGUGGGGAGACGGUGAGGAGAGGUGGAGCAGGUUGGGGAGAGGGACGAUAGGAGAGGAAACGCACGGCGCGUCUUUUAAUGGGCGUAUGAAAGAGGUGCACGGAGGGACACUUUCUCUAAGAUGGAGGGGAGAGGAGGAGCCGGAGGAGUUGAGAGAUGAGGGGGAGAGAGAGGAGGGGGAGAGAGAGGAGGGGGAGAGAGAGGAGGGGGAGGGAGAGGGAGAGGGAGAGGGAGAGGAGGGAGAGAGGGGAGAGGGCAUGGAGGUAGAUGGGUUUGGGACUCAAGUCGAGGGGGGUCCCUCCUGUGCUUUGACGCUACUAGCAGAAGCACUACAGCAGAAUUCGUGUGGGUGGGGAGGGGCGAGCACAAGCGAUGGUCGAGGAGCAAGCAGUCACUCUGCCACGCCUGCUGCCGCUGCUGCCGUCGCCGCCGCCGCUGCUGCUGCUGCCGCUGCUGUUGGCGGUGAUGGUGCCUUUGAUGCUGUAGAUGAUGCUGGUGGUGGUGGUGGUGUUGAUGUUGGUAGCGGCAGUGGUGCGAAUACGCAUUGUGGUCGUGGUGAUGGUGGUAGCGGCGGUAGCAGUGGCAGCGGUGGUGCUGGCGGUACUGCCAGUGCUGGUGGUGUGAGAGGAGGAAGAGGAGGAGAUGGGGGAGGGCGGAGGGAGAAAGGAGGUGUGGACGAGCUAGGGAGUUCAUCUGGCAGCAAUAGCCCUCGGGAGCAAGCAGAACGAGGUUCAAGAUACCGAGAGGAGGAGGAGGUUCAGGAGGAAGGGGAGGUAGAGGAGGAGAGGGGGGAGGAGGCGGGCGAGGAGGAUGAGGAGGAGGAGGGGAGGGAGCGGGGGCGAGGGGAGGAGGAGGGAGGGGAGGGGCAGCUGGAAGAAUGUGAGAAGCAUGGUAGUGGGAAGCAUGUGGAUAAGAAACGACAUGUGGGGGAGUUUAUGGGAGUGCAGGAAGGUGGCGAAUGGGGGGAUUAUGCGGGAGGAGUGGGUGUGCACGGAGGGGAGGAGGGUGGGGAGGUGGAGAGGGAGGAUCAUAUGCAAGAAGAUGGAAACGAGUGCUGCGCGCCUGAUGAUCAGC